AUGAAGUUCUCGACACUUUUCACCGCCGCGCUCGGCGCCGCAUCAGCCACCAACGCGCUCUCGAUACCCUCAGACAUCAAGGCCCUCUCGAUACGCAGCGCCGAAUUCCUAGAGGCGCACGCACCCUCAAUACCGUACACGCUCGAGAAGCGCAAAGGCGGCGGCGGCCGCAGUAGUGGCGGCUCCAGUUCAGGAGGCGGCCGCAGCAGUUCCAGUUCCAGUUCAUCCUCUGCUGCGCGCGGCAACUCCAAUGUUGGCGGCCGCACCUCAACCGGCACAGGCGUGACCCCGCGCUUCGGCGGGGGCCGCUACUACGGCGGCGGCGCCGUGGUGCCCUACACAGCCGGCUCGCGGAGUCCACGGGGCAUCUCACCCCUGUACCUCCUCCCCGUCGCCGGGCUCGCCUUCUUCCCCGGCCUCUGGCUCUACGGCGCCUACGUCUACGGCUACAACAACCCGUACCGCUUCAUCAACGAGAGCGCGGCCAACGCGACCUUCCCGAAUGGCAUCAACAUGACGCGCCCGGUGCAGUGUCUGUGCCAGCAGUAUAGCGUCUGCGGGUGCGAUGAGACGGACGACGAGACGUAUAUGCGCGAGCUGAUUGGCAGGGGGAGUUACGCGGCGCUGAAUAAGAGCCUCGUUACUGUGGGGGAUGUGAAUGGGACGCAGACAAUUCUGAUCAACGGAACGCUACCGAACGGGACCACAGCCGCUGGUGGGGUUGAUUCGGGCGCAAUGAGGAUAGGCGGGCUGCAGUAUCCUGGUUGGGCUGCCUUGGGCGCGGCUGUUGGGUAUGCCGUUUUCCUAAUGUAG